AUGUCCGAGCCCAUUCAAACGCCUGAGGACCUCGUGGAUGCCUUCAAGAAGUCUGGGGAGUUUGACCGCAUGCGUAGGGAACUGCUAGCAGAAUUUCGAAAGAGUGAUGGCAUCUCAAAUUUUCGCACUCGAGUUGAAGACAUCGCACAAACGCACUUGAGGAGGCAGAAGGAACGCAGGAGACCGACAGAUGGUGACACCGAUGCCUUACAGCGCAAUCUAAUGGCCGAGAUGGAUAGGUUUCCCGUGGUUGACCGUGCCAUAACGGAGAUGCGUGUUUUCAGAGAUGACUCCACCGUGAAGACGAAUGUGAACAACUCCUUGAUGCGCGUCCUGCUGAAGAGCAGAGGCGAGCCAAUUCCCCCUGGUUAG